GGCCUGCCCCCCGGCCGGAUCCGAAAUCGACCUAGUGAGUCCCUCGCGGGCGAACCAGGCCACAACAGAUAGUAGGCGGGUGGUGUCCCAAGGUGCAACUCACCGCCGCGCUGGCUCAGCGUGGCGGUGAGGAUGCACAGACGGUGGUAGUGGCGAGAGGUGUGUAUGGACACUGUUCCCGCGGCAGUAAUGCAAAGCGGCAAACUGCACCUGGCAACCACCGUCGCGGAAAGCGUGGCCCACGAAGCUGGAGGAGUAGAGAGAUUCGUAAACACCACGUUGGUAAGCACCGCUCGGGGGAGAAGGGAGACAACCGCCGGCACCGCGGGGAGGGAGUGCUGCACCCUCCUCGUCAAAACACCACAGGCAAGAACCGAGUUCUGCAGAGAUGGAUUGAUGCGAGGAAACUCGCCGCUCGGAAGAUCCGGAAGAAAGCACACCCGCAACGCGAGGUGGACCGAGAGAGACACGAGACCGCAGCGGCCGUCAAGGCGGCUGCGAAGAAGAAAGCACGAAAGGGCGACCUAUCCUUCGGCACGUUCAACGACGGUGGAGUGCAUUAGUACGAGGCUGAUGAAGGUGCAACUACAAAUUGGCCGCACCUGCGGAGUAACUUUCGUGAUGGGGUACGCCCCCACGGAAACUGUCCGCACCACCGCGGGCGGUGAUGUUAACGCCAAGGACUCCUUCUGGACUGCUCUCGACGCAGCGAUCCGGGAGGUUCACAGCCGUGACCAUCUCGUGGUGCUAAUGGACGCCAACGCACGCACUGGUAGGAGGCGAGACGGGUGCUGCGAUGCCAAGAUUAUGGGCGCGUACGGACGCGACAUUAUGAACAACAACGGGGAACGACUUCUCGGACUGGCAGCAGACACCCAACUCUCCCUAACCAACACCUACUUCCGUACACCGAAAGGUGGAGUGCAGCACACAUUCCAGAGCUCCAACAAGGGAAAGGAGAAGUACCGCCUCGACUUCAUCCUCAUGCGUCAGGCGGACCGGCGUUUCGUGCGCAAUGUCUCCGUCAAACGUGUCGACUUCAAAGACUCCGACCACAACCUCGUGCUUACGACUGUCCGCCUCCCCCCCCGUGUCGCACCCAACCGACGAGCGCGGGGGAACAGCGGAAGCAGCCGGAUCCGUAUCGACCUCGAGCGGUUGAGGAAGGACAAACACCUACGGGUCGCCUUCCAAAACAGGGCCUCCAGCCGCCCUCCGCCCACGGCGCUCAGGCGGCCAACGGGAGAGACCGCCGCCGAGCUGACGGCUACGGUGAUGUCGGCCGCUGCUGAGACCGCGCGUCUGGCAAGGUGCGCACGAGGGCAGAGAGGCUGGUACACGAGCGAGGCGCAGCACGAGAUCUCCGAAGCGUCUAAGGAGAUAAAGGCGGCCCAGCAGCAACUGCGUGGGGCCUCAAAGAACAGCGCCUUCGAGGCGACCCUGAAGGCGAUGCUCAAGGCGGCGCGGAAGAAGCGCAGCAUCGCGACGUGGAGAGCACUGGAAACGUUCUUAGAGGGCUAUGUACGGAAGCUCGAGAAGAAGUGCCGCGAGGUGGAUCAGGCGGGUUUCUACAGGCACCUGAAGAUGAUCGACGACGGCAAGGUCCUUCGGAACCCCACGUUUAUUCGCCAACGGUGGGCACGGUGGUUCCACAAGCUUCUCAACACCAAGUCGCCGACCAUCGACCUGCAUGCGGCUGACAAGGUCAAGCGGUGGCCCACGUGCGUGCCACUCGACGACAUCCCAUCUCUACUUGAGGUUGAGGAAGCGGUACGGGAAAUGACUAACAGAAAGGCCGUCGGGCCGGACGACCUACAGGCUGAGCUUAUCAAGCUUUUACUGGACGCAGAUCAAGGUCUCCUCCGCGAAUUCCACGCCAUUGUCGUGGACGUGUGGCAGACUGGGGACGUACCACAGCAGUGGAAGGAUGCCACCAUCAAAGUGCUGUUCAAGAAGGGGGACACGAUGGAGUGCGGCAACUACCGGGGCAUCUCGCUCGUCGCACACGCCGGCAAGGUGCUGCUUAAGGUCGUCGCUACACGACUGAGCCACUACUGCGAGCGAGAGGGCAUCCUCCCGGAGGAGCAGAGCGGUUUCCGCCCACACCGGUCGACGCUCGACAUGCUGUUCGCCAUCCAGCGGCUCCAUGAGCUCGCGAGGAAGAAGAGUACUGCGGUGUUCGCGUGCUUCGUCGACCUCACCAAGGCAUACGAUUCGGUGGACCGAGAUCUACUGUGGGACGUGCUCGGACGCUUCGGCGUGCCCCCGAAGAUGCUGGUGGUCAUUGGCCACUUCCACGAGGGCAUGAGGGCGCGCGUCCGACCGGACGACGGGCAGUACUCGGAAUGGUUCGACGUGGGCCAAGGCCUCCGACAGGGAUGCAACCUGGCCCCGCUGCUGUUCAACUUGUUCUUUGCCGCGAUGCUCAUGGUCGCCGUGGCCGAGUUCGACAAGGACCCCAAGGUGACGGCGGACAUGGUCAAGAUCGGGACACAAGUGGAGUACACGGGCAAGAAGGGCAGGUCGGCGAGGAGGAAGACGACGGUGGUGACGGACGCGGAGGCCUUGUGGGCCAUGCUCUACGCUGACGACGCGGCCAUCGUCUCGCGCUCGCCGGAGAGUCUCGAGAAGAUGAUGUCGGUCAUCGUGCGCGUGGCCGGCCUGUUCGGACUGAUGGUAUCGGAGCCAAAGACGGAGAUCAUGUGCAUGCUGCCGAAAGGGAUCGAGGAAAGCCCGUUCACGGUCAGCGCCGCCGGCCAGACGUACAAGCAGACAGAUCGGUUUGUGUACCUCGGACGUACCAUCUCCGCGGACGGGAAGGCCGACCGGGAGAUCACGAGCCGCAGCUGCCGAGCGUGGAAGUGCUACCGCCGGAACAGUGCUUCGAUGUACGACAGGCGACGGGCCAACCGCCAGCUCAAGAUCCGGCUUCUCCAGGCUGAAGUGGUGGAGACUCUCCUGUAUGGGUGCGCCUCGUGGAGCCUAACAGCGGAGCACUACACGAAGCUCAAUGGGACCCACCGCCAGUUCCUUACACGGUGCAUCGGCUGGAGCAAGCGGAAACGCUCAGACCGCCCCCUGUCCUAUGCCCAGGCCCUCAUCCAGGCCGGCUGCGAGGAAACCAUCGAGGCCACCGUGCGCAAACGGAGACUGUGUUUCGCGGGCUUUGUUAUGCGCAUGGAGGACAGCUGCCUCCCCAAGCGCAUCCUGUUAGGAGCGAUGGCGGGGGGCGUGGGAUACCGGGGCGGGCAGGAGAGCGACUGGGUGUCUCGUCUAGGAGAGGACCUCGUGGCCUUCAACAUGGGAGACGAAAAGGAAGGGGGGAAAUGGGAAAAAGAGUGCCAACGACCCGGAGGUGUGGUACAACAAGGUCGAGGACGGGGCGGCAUGGUUCAUGAGGAAAUGGCACAGGCAGGAGGCGGAAGCGUCCGCGAAGCGCCAGCGCGCGCGGGAAGCAGAAGCAGAGAGUACGACCAUCUCAGGACCGAAGAGAAAGAGAACCGGGGAAGCGGCGGUGGGGGGGAAGAAACGGCGAACGGGCACUGCUGUAGAAGCGAGUAGGGCGGCCGAGGCAGCACUUGUGGCGAACUAUGUACCCGGCUGAUGUUGUUGCGCCCUGUUUCCCUCCCUGCUGUAUGCUAUACACCUUUAUGUAUGUCCUUUUCAUUGCCUUCGGCCUCUGUGCUGUGUUUCUUUUUUUCAUGACCUCCCUGCCUACUCUGCUGUGUUGGGUUCCUUGAUUUCGCUUGGCUGUUGCCUUUGUUUUUGUACGUCUGGCUGUCUGCCCAUCUGCCGCCUCUUUGUCCUGUUUGCUCUGAUACUCUCAUGCCCUGGUGCGUAGUGCCUGGUGCUGGUACGUUACCCGUUGGCUUUUUCUUUGGGCGGGUGUGGGAAGCGUCCUGCUUUAUUUUUGUUUGUGUUUUAUUUUGAUCGGUUUCCGAGGGCUCUUUUCUCGAAGGGUCGGUGCGAUACCUGUUCUUUUCUUUCUAUUAUUUUGUUUCUUUUUCCGAGUGGUUUGUACCCUAUUUUUGUUUUGUUUCCUCGUGGCCUCGUAUGUGCCGGGUUUCGAGACCAAGGGCUCCCCAUUUUUUGUGGACUAUAAAGCUGAUGUGAGAAACAACAACAACAAACUUGAAGCCGCUUAAAUCUGAAAAAUUUCACCGGCACGGAGUUUCCAGGAAACGUUCUUAUCUCAAAAUCUUUUCCAUGGACCAUAAAACCGGAAAAUUUGGAGCCCCAGUCCGAAACUGUGUAGAAACUAAUAUAUACCUGAAUACCUGUACGGUGAAAAGCUACCGCUGUAGAAGGUUGCCGUGCAUGGGCUGCUCCUACCCAAGAAAUAUUCCGAGAAAUGGUAUUCCGAUAUGGAGACCAUCAGAUUCGACCAAAGGGCACUACUGACAGAUGUUCUCCUGUUACAAUCUACUGGGUGAGUGACGUGGGCACUGCCUGUAGGAUUGCUUCUUUUGGUCGACAGGCAACAACAUAUUCGCCUGAUUGAGAGCGUAGCAUCUGAUUGAGAGCGAGAUUGCGCGAUACGCUGUAGCCGGACUACCACUGAGAGGUGGAGCUUGCUGUGUAGCUUGAAUUGAAGGGCUAGCCCGUAGCUUCAAGCCGCUACCCUGGUCAUCCUGUGGGAGUCUCUCGUUGUGGAGCUACAGCGGGGAGCAGAAGCUACAGCAGAGCCCACCGCCCGACGCGAUACCGCCCUGAAACAGUUUGAGCAGAAAUAGCCAAUCUGGGCAAAUCUAGCAACUUGUCUAGCUCCUCGCUGCAGCAUCCGAUGACGAUGACACGCAUAUGCUCGCGAAGCUGCUGAUGAGACCUUCAAUUUGCACCGCUUCUUGGAAUAGCCCGUCCCCUACUUGCCAAGAAAUGGCAAGAGGCGUCUGGACCCGAAAUUUCAAUUUUUUUGGCUCUCGCUCUCAGAUACUUCGCUCUCAAUCAGGCGAAUAUGUUGUUAGGCGUCCUGACAGAUCAUGGAUUGAUCAUUCGUAAACGCUGGUGUUGUGGCAUGCCAUGGAGUUGCCGCCCUGUAUCCCUCCACGCCAGGUGUUGGCAAGUCAAUAGGUAGGUGUGUAUUAUUUGCAUCGACCACGCUACCAGGUGGCCAAUGAAAAGACGUUAGCACCAGCGGGAUAUAUCAAGGUCCCUGGAACUGCCAAAAUUAGAAAAAUGCAUACAUACCACCAUGAAUCUCUGCCCAUAUCCUUUCACAGAGACUCACAUCAAUACCUCCACAUACAUGCCCUCGCCCGAAUCUGGGAAACCACUAAAGCAAAGACAGGAGAAUAGCGAAAAGGGGCACUUCAAGCCCAAACAGGCCAGGAUGUCGUGGUAUGCUGCACAUCCUCCAAAUUCAAAUAUCGUACACCCCCAAGAUCCAGCGCGGUCAUUAUGUCAGAGGCUAGAUUCUACACAGCAGCAGCCGUACAGACGAGUCCAACACCACAGCAGAGUAGGUCGUAACACAUACACUAUCAGCAACGCCAACCACAUGCCCUCGCCCGAACCUAAAGAGCCACUGAUGCAAAGGUAGAUGUGUGCUGGUGUGUGCUUGCGUGCUUGUGGGAAUUGUGGGAAAAUCACAGGAAGUAUAGUGAGCCUGCAGGGCUCACAUUGGGGAGGGGACAGAGAGGUACAGAAGUACAAGAACCAGCUAGACUAUGGGUCUACAAGCCCUCCCUGACUGAUCAUUUUCACUGAUCAUUUGAAUAUACCGAAACUAGAGUAGUUCAGGCGGCUUGACGACUGACCUUUUCGAGAUCUACAAGCCUAAACUGCGCUACUGGCCGCACCGCGACCACGCAUCAAUCGUUCUAUGAUCCUGUCUGUGUCCACCGUCCUGUCGCGGGCAGUCCUCAUGGCCUUUGGGUGGAGAUAGCUGUUGCGUCUAUAGAAGUACGCUCGUCUUCUCUCUGCUGUACUCCUAUCGACCUCGAACCAGUCAACGCCAAUGAUAUGGGGAUGGAGUGUAGGCGCAUCGUAGAACGCGUUUUCGUUUGAAGUUGGCGUCUUGUUUGAGAGUAGAUGUGACAGAUUUGCGUAGAAUGGGGUAAGAUGUUAUCAUGAACGGAGAACAAAGGGCUUUUCCAACACGGAGAUGUAGCAUGAAUGAAAGCAUUUGUUGGAUUUCAGCUUUAUUACAAGAGGACAUCAACGCAGUAGUAUUUUAGCAAGCUUACGAACGCAUGUAGGAUACCAUGAGGAUUGUCAUUGGUUUUAUUUGAAGUUGAAGUGGAGAUAUUUUUAUGAUGUAAAUGACAGUAGAAAUAAGUCCUACAUAUGUUAUUUCACUUCGGAUUGGUUUAAUAUUUAUGUAGAAUAUGAGACAUUAAGUGAAAGUUUUCUGAGGACUUUUGUUUCUUUUUUUUUCUUUUCAUGCCCCACCUUCCUCCUGCGGUGCGUGCUGAAUUUUUUUUUUAUCGCGAGAAGGGUCCAGCCGUCCCUUUCCCUCGUCAACCGUGCUAACGUCGAAGUUUGGUACUCACGAGAGCUUUUUAGCUAUACUUCGCUUUCACUCGCACAUUUCGUAAAUUUUUCACCCCAUGGGGAUUC